CCAGUAUCCAUCCAUACACAUCCCAUCGCCGUGUGCCUCCAAUCCAGCAUUUAUUUUCCUCCUUCGUCCUCGGUUUCGUUCUCGCACGACUGGUAGAAACCUGGCAGCAAUAACACCAACCACAACACCACCACCACCACCGCCACAUCUAGCCGCUUCUUUCCUCUGCCCUGCUUUAGGGUACUUGAACACCCCCCCUGCAACAUCAAUAUCCAUGGUGUAAUUCACCAUCGCCUGCACCUGUCUUUCUCUCUCUCUACAUCUCUCGCCUAAUAUUCUGUACUCACUAAUCAUCUCGCUCUCCCCCUCCCCGUCAUUCUCUGUUGUCUGAUUCUCCCUCAUCGCUCAUCCUCUUCCGUCCACCCCACCACCCCUCUCCUCCACAUCUAUCCUCCCCCUGGCCUAUCAGAAGGGUCCGAGAGGCUCCAAUUUCUCCUGCGAGGAGGCAUAACCUACCUACCUUUACCCUCUACAUUACCUACCCACUAAGGGCGGACCCAGACAACUCAUAUAAACUCACACUAUCCUUACGAGAAAGUGGAGAUCCCACUUCGCUGGCCCGCGUCGUAAGGUUGUUGCUCCGUCGGAAGCUUGGCUUCUUUGCUGCUCUGCAAUAUGUCGGACGCUGGCGAUAGCACCCACAAGCGGUCAAAGUCGGCUGCCGCCCUCUCCCUCCUGCGACGAAAUCACUCCCGCGGCGACGAAGAUCCUUCCAACUCGGAUGACGGAGCGCCGCUGACGUCGCCACCAUCUGCAGCGACAUCCCAUACAAACAUAAACAUACCCAUGGCCCAAAACGCCCCCCGCAGCAACGGGGCCAACAGGCUCUCUAUCUCUCCUUCCAUGGGCCGAACCCCCUCCCACAAUAGCCCGCCGUCUGCGACUAUCUCCAAGAUGAGCACCACCGCUGCCGCCGCCGCCGCCGCUGCUGCCUCACCGAGCGAGAAGGGCGUCUCCCUCGAGCAGUCUGUUCGUAAGUUCCGCAUAGUCGAGGCCCUGCGAAGCGGCGACACUGCCUCCAUUUCCAAAGCGAUACGCGACACCGUCGAGGGCGGCCCGCGCACGAGCAUCUCGUCCAUAAACACCCUGAGCGGUAGCGGUCUUGACGACACCACCGUCCUGCACCUCGCCAUACAAUGCGCCGAGUAUCAGGUCGUCGAGUACGUCCUGUCCGACGGCGCCGGCACAAUUGACAUCAACGCGAGGGACAAGGACGGUAAUACCCCGCUGCACGUGGCCGCGAUCCAGGGUCGGACCCAGGUCGUCAAGCUCUUGCUCGAUCAGAAGGAGAUCAACGACGCCAUCGCCAACCACCAAGGCCGCCUGCCCAUCGAUGUCGCUCGAAAUCCCGAUAUUUUCCAGCUGCUGCAGCUCUCGCGGUCGCUCUUCGCCGAAAACAAGGUCAGGCAGAUCCAGGGCUUGAUUGCGCAGAAUGACUACAAGGCUCUUGAGACUGUGCUGGAGGAACCCCGCCUCAAGCAAAUCCUCGACAUCAACAGCACCGAGUUUGCGACUGAGCCGACCACUGUCCAGGCCGGGGGAACUCUCCUCCACGAAGCUGCCCGCAAGAAGAACACCCAGCUGAUCCAGGUCCUUCUCCUUCACGGAGCCGAUCCAUUUCGCCGAGAUCGCAAGGGCAAGCUCCCCCAGGACGUCACCAAGGACGAUGUUACACGCGCCAUGCUGAAGCGAUCACCCGCUGCCGUCGCGGCUCAGAGAGGCAUCCAGGAGAAAGCCGUUCUCGGCCAGGCGGCUUCACAGGGCGCUGGGGCCUCCGCCUCGGGAGACCCCGUGGCUGGGCGAGAGGCGCGGGAGAUGAAGGGCUACCUGAAGAAGUGGACGAACUACCGCAAGGGAUACCAGCUCCGAUGGUUCGUCCUCGAGGACGGCGUCCUGAGCUACUACAAGCACCAAGACGACGCCGGCUCCGCCUGCCGCGGCGCCAUCAACACCCGCAUUGCCAAGCUGCACAUGAGCGCCGACGAGAAGACAAAGUUCGAAAUCAUUGGAAAGUCUUCUGUCAAAUACACACUCAAGGCCAACCACGAAGUCGAAGCGAAGCGCUGGUUCUGGGCCUUGAACAACUCGAUCCAAUGGACGAAGGACCAGGCCAAGGAGGAAGAGCGCCAAAAGGCUCGUGGCGCUGAGCUUCUCAGACAGGCUAAGGCUGAGCAGGCCGGAAAGUCGCCCGAGCUUUCUAUUAACGACGCCCACAGCGAGAGUGCCAGCGUGGCCGACACGAGGAGGAGCAGUGUGCAGAUCCCCAGAACCAUGUCGCACAGCAAGAUGUCUGUUCCCAGAAGCGACUUCGCCGGCGCGAGUACCGUCGCCAGCAACGACGAUGAUUUUGCCGACGCUGCGACGGACGCUGGCCAAUCCAGGGCUACGAGAAACGGCCACCUGGCACCCGACGACGACGAUGACGACGACGACUUCGAGGAUGUCAGCAGCCGUGAAGAACCUUCUGUCUCCAAGGACGCAUUCAACAUCACCGCCCAGUCGGCCAAGCUGCAGCUCGACACCAUUUCCGCCGUCAACGCUGCGAUGCUGGCCGAGGCCUCCAAGAACCCGAACACCAUCGUCUCCGACGCCAAGGUCACCCAGGCUCUCACGACAUAUGACGCGGCCGUUCGAAGCUUGACGGGGCUUGUCGGAGACCUUAUGCGGAUUUCCAAGGAUCGCGAUGCCUACUGGCAGUAUCGCUUGGAUCGUGAGAUUGACAUGCGCCGCAUGUGGGAGGAGAGCAUGGCCAAGGUUGCCAAGGAGCAGGAGAUUCUGGAGGAGCGUGUUGACCAGGCCGAGGCCAAGCGUAAGGCUGCCAAGCGUGCACUCCGCGAAGUUAUGAACGAAUCGCCGGCGGCCGCCAGCCAGAAGCCCGAAGCCGGCGACAACAAGGUCGAUGGCACCGAGACCGUGGAGGCUUCCGUAGGAACGGACGACCUCGCGACCCAACCCAAGUCGCCCAGCAGACCUCUGUCGAGAAAGCAGACAGUUCUGGACCAACUUGAGCUGUCGGAUUCCGAGUCAGAGGAUGAGGAUGAGUUCUUCGACGCCGUUGAUGCCGGAGAGGUCGAGGUCAGCCAGUUGCCGCCAUCCGAUGCUGCAGCUACGCCCCAUGAAGAGAAGAAGGAGCAGCAGCUGGUUGUCUCUGGUGGUAUAGAUCUCAGCAGCUCUUUCAAGGGUUAUGAGAAUGGUAUCAGAACACGCCUCAAGAUGGAUGCGGAUGAUCGGCCUAAGAUUUCACUCUGGAGUAUUCUCAAGUCCAUGAUCGGCAAAGACAUGACAAAGAUGACGUUGCCGGUUUCAUUUAACGAACCGACUUCCCUUCUUUACCGCGCUGGCGAAGACAUGGAAUAUGUCGACCUUCUGGACCAAGCUGCUGAACGAUCCGACUCGAUUGAACGUCUCAUCUAUGUGGCUGCCUUUGCUGCCAGUGAGUACGCGUCUACCAUUGGCCGUGUUGCAAAGCCUUUCAACCCUCUGCUUGGAGAGACCUUUGAAUAUGUCCGCCCUGAUAAGAACUACCGCUUCUUCAUUGAGCAGGUCAGCCAUCACCCGCCCGUCGGUGCUGCCUGGGCUGAGUCUCCCAAGUGGACCUACUGGGGCGAAUCAGCCGUCAAAUCCAAGUUCUAUGGCAAGUCCUUCGACAUCAACCCUCUUGGCACCUGGUUCUUGAAACUUCGCCCCACAGCUGGAGGCAAGGAGGAUCUCUACACGUGGAAGAAGGUCACGUCCUCCGUCAUUGGCAUCAUCACCGGCAACCCCACCGUGGACAACUACGGCCCCAUGGAGGUCAAGAACUGGACGACAGGCGAGGUGUGCCACGUCGAGUUCCAGCCGCGUGGUUGGAAGGCGUCCAGCGCAUACAAGAUUUCGGGCAAGGUGCUCGAUGCCGACGGCAGGGUGCGCUACAGCAUGGGAGGCCGCUGGAACUCGAAGCUGUACGUUCGCCUGACGCCCGGAUACGAGGCCACAGUCGACGACCCCGGCGACUCAGCGUCGAUCGAGAAGGGCGGUAGCAUCACGGACCCCAACAGGGCGUUCCUCAUCUGGCAGGCGAACCCCCGCCCGCCCAAUAUUCCUUUCAACCUCACGCCUUUCGUCCUCACCUUCAACCACAUCGACGACAAGCUCAGGCCCUGGCUGCCGCCGACGGACUCGCGUCUCCGUCCGGACCAGCGCGCCAUGGAGGACGGUGAGUACGACUUCGCGGCCGAGGAAAAGAACCGACUGGAGGAGGCGCAGCGCACGCGGAGACGGCAGCGCGAGGAGAAUGGCCUCGAGUUCCGCCCGGCGUGGUUCGAAAAGGCGAAGUGCGAGGUCACUGGCGAGUCGUACUGGAAAUUCAACGGCAAGUACUGGCAGCAGAGAGAGAAGGCCGGUCCCGAGGGGGAUCCGCAGCAGGCCUGGGACGGUCUGGAGCCCAUCUACGAGGACGCGAAAUAGGAGGCUCGCGUCGUUGAUAUGGAUUUUGCGGGGGUGGUGCAGGAGAGGAUUCGGGAGAAAAUUCCCGAGAGUGUUUCGAAGAAGACGUCAGUGCCCGAGGGGAUGCAGAUGCGGCUGAUGGAGGGACCAAAGGGUAUCCGGUGGGCUGUUGCUGGGAAAAGGUAGUUCCUCCGGGGACCCCGAAAGCCUGGAUCGACAGAGUAGCACAGAUGAUGGUAGUGAAAUAAACAAUCGCUCGCUCUUGGUAGAUUCUAGCCCCGUCGUAUGAGCUUGUUGUGAAUACGAUGACCGCUUUCCACAACUGACCUUUGGGUGUUCUUCUGUGCUGUGCUUAUGGAGAGUAUCGUGGGAUCCGGAUUACUGAUCUAAAUUACUGAUCCGGGAGAACCAAGGGUUCUGGGCUAUAGGCAUAGGCAAUGCUGGUAAUCGUGCGCGGGUUUGAAGGAGAAGCCGAGCCAUCGUCGCAAGUGCACAUACACAUGGUGGUUUGCCCAUCCUUCCGCCGGAGUGACAUACGCUCUGCUUCGUGUGUUGUCUGGUGCCAGCCACGAGGCGCCUGCAUCGGGAGGACAUUGCCAUAUAACCAGGCCGUUAAUGCCAAUGAAGCAAGCCGAAGCAGAGACCGUCGAUGAAAACAGUGUUCCGUGUUCCGUCUGCCAUUCCCCCCUCCUCCCUUGCAGUUCGGGCGGCGCGGCGGACGAACGUAAGCCCCAACACUUCAGGAACCGGGGUCUGUCUUGAUCGAGAAGAAGAAGAAGAAGAAGAAGAGUGGCGGGCGAGCUUGGGGAUCGGGACCACCCCGCCAAGAAGCUUGUGAUGCCGUUGGGAUUUUGCAACGUCCGGGAUUAGGUAUGUAUGUACGCACCCAUUCCCGUUCCCGGAUCACGCACCUCGGUGAAGGCAGUGGGGGCAUUUAGGGGGAGG